GCGCGCUGUGGCUGUGAGCACCGGGGGCUGGCGGGGAAGCUUGGGAGCUGAGCGGCCGCCCCCCAGAGAAAAAAAUGCUAGAACCGGAAGAGAAUGCCUUGUUUGAUCUGCCAGGCUAUGAGCAUGGAGAAGAUGAAACAUUUCCUCCUUUCCCACCUCCAGCCUCUCCAGAGAGAGGUGGUACAGGAGGUGAACCUGAAGAGUCAGGGAGUGGAGCACCUGUUCCUGUUCCUCCAAAGAGAACUGUUAAAAGGAAUCUACCCAAGCUGGAUGCUCAGAGAUUAAUUUCAGAGAGAGGGCUUCCAGCCUUAAGACAUGUGUUUGAUAAGACAAAAUUCAAAGGUAAAGGUCAUGAGGCUGAAGACUUGAAGACACUAAUCAGACACAUGGAGCACUGGGCACAUAGGCUAUUCCCCAAACUGCAAUUUGAGGAUUUUAUUGACAGAGUUGAAUACCUAGGAAAUAAAAAGGAAGUUCAGACCUGUUUAAAAAGAAUUCGACUUGAUCUCCCUAUUUUACAUGAAGAUUUUGUUAGCAAUAAUGAUGAAGUAGGGGAAAAUAAUAACCUUGAUGUAACUGCUGCUGAACUAGAUCCCUUUUUGACAAAUGCAUCUGAAAGUGAGAAGUUUGCUUCUGAGUCAAGUAGAAGCCUAACAGAAGAGCAGCAAAAAAGAAUUGAGAGAAAUAAACAACUGGCCUUGGAAAGAAGGCAGGCAAAGCUACUGAAUAAUAGUCAGUCCCUAGAAAAUGACACGUUAAUGAAUACACCCAGAGCACAGACAGAAGAGGUUUUUACUGGGGAGGACCAAGAGGAAAGUGCCAGUGGAUUAAAUCAAAGACAUACUGUGGGACGAUCCAUGUAA